CUACGUGAGAAGAGUGUUGUAUACAAGAUAUUAUUAUUGCCGCCACACACGGACAAAUGCCAAGAUGAAUUUCAUUUCAUUUUAGUUUUUGUUCACACAGUUCCUCAAACUAUCAAUUCAUUGAUGAUAUAUAUAUAUGUGUGUGUGUGUAUGUGGAAUGGAAAAAAUCAGUUCAUAUAACCUCAAUGUUUAAUUUUUUUUAUAGUAAUUUCUCUCAUUACACUUUUUCAGCUAUAGCAGAUCAAAAUCCAUCAUUGGCGGUUGAGAUUCGUUUUUAUGCAUUUCAAUCAUCAUCAUGAUCAAUACCAAAUAUCUUUUUUCAUAAUCAUCAUUGUCGUCGUUGAAAUUGUCAUCUCUAUCACCCAGGAUUUCGUUUGUGUGUGUGUGUGUGUAUCAGUUCUGUUUUGAAUUUGUUUUUUUUUUGUUGUUGUUGUUUUGCAUACAGUCAUCAAAUCAUUUCAUUCAUUUCGAACACAAUGUCAUGUGAAGUUUGUGGUAAGACAGAUAAUCUUAAAUCGUGUGGAAGAUGUCUAAAAGCAAAUUAUUGUGGACGUGAACAUCAGCUUGCACAUUGGAAAGAGCAUAAACGUUGGUGUGUUCAAAAUGGUUACAAUUACCUAAAUAAUAAUGAUAAUAAUAAUAGUAUUAUCAUUAACAAUGGCCAUCCACAACAAGAACAGUUAAUGAUGAUUGAACAACAACUUGAUCAACAAAAAAUGUUCUCAUCAACACCACCGUCAGGUCAAUCAUCAUCAUCAUCAUCAUCAUCUAAUGAUGAAAUAUUGAAAAUUUUUAAUGAGCAACAACAACAGCCUCAAAUUAUGAAUAUAUUGGCUAAUGAUUUACAGGCAACAAACAAUCAAUCAAUUAUGAUGGCGAAUAACAGUGAUUUAAUUGUCAAUAAUUUCAACCCUGGAAUUAAUAAUAGUAGCGAUUUUGAUUCAUCCACAAUUGAUCAACAGCAGCAUCAUCAGGAAGAAGAAAUUUCCGAUUUCUAUGCUCAACAACAUCAACAUUCAUCUACAGGAACUAUCGCAAACAAUAUUGUGAAUAAUAGUCAUCAACAACUUAAUUUUCGUAACCAUUCAUCAUCUUAUAGUCUUACUCAUCAAAAUUUAAAUCGUGAUAAUGUUUUAAAAGAUUUAAACAAAUAUUGUCAGAUCAUUCUGAAAGAUAUGAACAAAUAUGGUUUCUGCGUCAUCGAUGAUUUUCUACAAAAUGGUGACCUUAUUCUAAAUGAAGUAACUUUUUUGUAUAAAAAAGGAUUCUUUCAACCUGGUCAAGUGGUCAACAUUAAAGCUAAUUCCAAUUCUAAAUUAAUACGAGGUGAUCGAAUCACUUGGGUGGAAGGCAAUGAACAGAUUUGUUGUAAUAUUGGUUUCCUUGUUCGAAUAUUGGAUUCGAUCAUAACCCGAUGCAAUAAUAUCGCCUUUGGAGAGUUUCAAAAGUAUCGAAUUACCCGUAGAACGAAAGCAAUGAUUGCAUGUUAUCCUAGUAAUUAUACAAAAUAUGUUCGUCAUGUGGAUAAUCCAAAUAAUGAUGGACGAUGUAUCACGAGUAUUUACUAUUUGAAUAAGGACUACAUGCGUGAACGUGAUGGAGGAGUAUUAAGAUUAUUUCCACAAAUGAAUGAUGGAAUAGUUGCUGAUAUUGAACCAAGAUUUAAUCGAGUCAUUUUCUUUUGGUCUGAUCGCCGUAAUCCACAUGAAGUGAUGCCAUCGACAAGGAUGCGUUUCGCCAUUACUGUUUGGUAUUUCGAUGCUAAUGAACGUGAACGAGCCAUUCAAAAGUAUCGAGAAAAUAGCAUUCAAUGUCCAAACGAUAAAGAUCUGGUUCCAUUUUAAGAAUUUAUCUUUCAUCUUUCGGAAAAUUAUUCAGACAAAAAUUGCCAUUAAAAAGCACAUUGUGAAUUGAAUUUUAUUUUGUAUUUGUUUAAUUCAUUUUGAUU